AUGAAUGUAUCCAACAGCGGCAUUGGUGGCAGUGGCGGUGGCGGUGGUAGUGGCAGUGGCAGUAGCAGCGCCAGCAUCUAUGAAAAUGGUGCUGGCUAUAGUAUUGUCGCAGGUAAUAAUGCUACCAUCAACAAUAGAUACACAUCGAAUAGCGGCAGCAAUAAUCACAAUACCAGUAAAGAUCAUCACCACGCUUAUCAGCAGCAGCAGCAACAAUACAACCACCAGCAGCCGCAUAAUCACCAUCAUCAUGGAACUCACCAUUAUCAGCAACCACAACAACAGCAUCAGCACAAUUUGAACAGUGUUGGCAACAACACCACUACCAGUAACAUUAGCAGCGCCGUUCACAACAACAGUCAAACGCAUAGCGUUGGCAAUGCGCUACAACGUCCAACAGAGAAUAAAUCAAGUCUCUGGUUGAUGAUGAAUGGUGGAGGUGGAGGUGGAGGCGGGGCUGCCAACAACAGUGGGCAGCACAACAUAGGUAGUUGUGUUGGUGUUGCCGCAGACAGAACUUUGCCACAACCACCACCGCACGUGCAACACUAA